AUGCCCCGGGUCAAGCGCGAGCGCCAAAAGAGCCACACAACCCUGCCGACCGGCCCUCUUCGGCCAAAGGCUGCUGCCGCUGCCGCAGCUACCAAUGGCACCGUCUCGCCCCCGGUUCCGAUCUCCACACUAUCAUCCUCCUCCGGAGCAUCCAAAGAAACUGAUUUCCAGCUGCAACAGCUAAAGUCAAAAAAGGAAAAGCGAAUUGAGCGGCACAGCAACUGGAUGGACAAGAUGAACGCCGCCCAGGCUGCGCAAAGACAACAGCAGAAGCAAAAGGGCCGCUCGACAAACAAGAGCGUGUUGAUCAGAGGCAUGGGUGACUUGAACGACUCCUUGCGCGAAGUCAAGGCGGAGAUCAUUGCCCAGCAUCUGUUGGAUUUGGAUAAUAACAGCGGCAAGACGCAGAAGACUGGUGCGCAGUCUGCGGCUGGUGCGGUGGCUAAUGCGUUGAACCCAAAGUCGCGGAAGGCGAGGAAUAAGGCGGCGAUUAAGGAGGAGAAGAGAUUCAGUCAGAUCUUGGUCCACCCCGCAUUCAAGGCUGACCCAUUGGCCACUAUUCGCCAGCACUUGGCCAACACACUGCCACAGAGCAAAGACUAA